GCGGCGGCGGGGCCUGCGCGGGGACGGCGGCCGGCGCCGGGCACCCGGAGGGGCCUCUCGGCCGAGACAGCAUGUGACGCUGCCCAGGGCUCAGCCCUGAUGGAGGCUGAGGAGCCCCAACACGGGGCCUUGACCCCCAUCCCUGCCUUAGCAGAGCUCAGCAUUAUCCCGGAACCUCUCAGGAGAAGCAGUCAGACUGCCACCUUGGGGCCCGAAGCUCAAGAAGGCUGGGAGCCAUCGUCCACAUGGGCAGAGGGACGAGGACUCUUGGAGCCCCAGCAGGGAGGCCUAAAGGAUGUGAAGAGCUGUGCAACUGAGAGCAUGACCUCCUUCCCCGAGGAAGCCCCUGCAGGUGUGGAGACCGACCAGGAAGACACCGUGGGUGACACGUGGGACACCCCGGAGCGCCAGGAGCCGGUGCCUCAGAGCCUGGCAGACGGUCGGGCAAGGACACCAGCUCACGCAGAGCGCGGGGCCUGCCCUUUUCAGGGUGAACAUCUAGACACGGUCCCAGUGUCCAGAGAGCGGGGUGGCGGGGUGGAGAUGGAGCUUAGACCAGAGCUCACUUCCUUGCCUGGGGGAACUGGACAUGCAGAAGAGGAGGAGGUUUCUCCAGACACCUCCGCUCAGCCCCGAUCUGGGCCUCCCUGUGAAGAGCACCCUGCAGAGCCCGAGCUCCCGGGGGACUCUGUCAAGCAGGGGGAAGAGCUGCGGGCUGCGGGGGCCGAAGAAAGUCCAGGGAGAGGGGGACUCAUGUGCCUUCUGGAUGCCUGGGGGCUGGAGGAGCAGGGACUGGCCGAAGCGGCCUUCCGGGAGGAAGCAGCGGCGGGGGGCGAUGGGCGUUUAGGGGGACAGGAACAGGGCGGGGAGCAGGCGGAUGGUACAGGAGAGCAAGAGCAGAAACAGGAGCAGAGACGAGGCCGUGCGAUGUGUGCAAAGCACGGAGAGAGAACGGGGCUUUCUGGGGAAUUGGAAGGUCUGCGCUGCAGUGAGCAGGGGAUGGAGCCUCGGCGCCAGCCGGGUCUACAGCAGGGAGAGGAGGGGAACAGGGAGACAGGGGGGCCAGAGGAGGGGAGCGGGGCUGCUCAGAAUGAGGAGAAGUGGAGUGUGGUGGGCAAAUCAGGGCAAGUAACUGGAAGGCCAGAAGGUCGAGGUCUUCGAGGUCUUCGGGGGAAGGUGGCCUCGGUGGAGGGGCGGGAGGCGGAGGCAGUGGGGUCAGGGGAGGAGGAGCCGGAGAAUUGGGAUGGGGACCCGCUUCGGGGAGAGGGCAGAGAGGGGCCUACAGAAGAGGGGGAAGCACGUGAUGGUCCUUCCACACUGGCUCUGGUAGCCUCUGAGGUCUCUUCUCCCUGUGACUUGUUUCCAGACACCUGUUAUCCCAUGACCGGUACUCCUGGGCCUCGGGAGGAGCCUAGGGCUGAGGAACCAUCCCCUGUAGCUCUGCCUCCUCCACUGGAGUCCGGAGGGUGGUCGGGCCGGCCUGCUUCUUUACCUGGUUCCUUUCCUGCUGGGGGGUCGCCCGCCCAAGAAGCAGCUCAGGACAGCCAGCAGGAGGGACCCGAGCUGGGGAAGAGGGCAGUGUUCGGCCAGGGGACCCAGAUGGUCUCUGCCGGUACCCCUGCAACUCCUCCGAGGACUCCCCAUCCACCUCCUUCCGGUCCUGCUGAAGUCUCCUCCCGGACGACUACAUCAUUGUCUGCCAGCCCCCCAGUUGGCUCUCCCAGGAGGGAGCCCUUUCUUGCUGCGCAUUCUCCAGAAACCUCCAGAGCAACUCUUCGGACCACCCACGCACAUCACUGUGGGGCUUCCGAGACUCCCCCAGCUGCCCUCCCUGGCGCUCCCUCUGCAGAGACCACCGUGGAAACACCCACCAGCUCCAUCUGGGCCCACCCCCAGGGCCCCCCAGGCCACCCUGCAGGGACUGUCCAGCACCUAAGGAGCAACUCCUUCCCAGGCUCUCAUAGGACAGAGCCAACUCCGGACCUGCUGGGACUCUCACUUUCCUUUUCUCAUUCAGAGUUGCCCCAAAGGGCCCCCAAACCUGCCAUCUAUGGCUCUGUGAUCCCAAGAAGGGACAGGAAAAGUGGUAGGGACUGUAGGAUCAUUCCCGAAUCCCCUAGUUCAUUAUCUACUCUGGGGUGGGACUCUCAAGAAUUCACUUCAAAUCUGGAAAGAUCCAGUAGUCCCUGUAGCACCCAGCCAUGUGGCUCCCCACACACUUCAGCCUCUGCCCCAGAGUCUCCUGCCUAUGGCUCUUCCCCACCCUUUAUCUCUGUAGAUGGGAGGAUCCCUGAACCUCUGCCCCCUCCUCCCCCAGAGAAGAGGCAUGUCCACCCCUCCGUGGUAGAGAGAGACAGCCACCUCCAUGCAGGAGUUGCCACGUUGAAGAGGUGUGGCCAUGCUCUUCCAUUGGCCCCAGGUUCGGGGCUACAUGGUCCCCCCAAAGGCCCACUUCCCCCAUUUCCUGACCCCCUCGUGGCAAGGCAGCAUCGACCUCUGCCCUCUACCCCGGACACUCCCACCCCUACUCUGACCUCUUUCUCCCGUAGGCUGAGAUAAAAGCCAUUGCCCCCAACUCCUGAUUUGUCCCAGCCCCACCAUUCUGUUUCUUUUAGUAAUCCAAGGAUCUACAGGCCUCUCCCCCCUGUCCCUAUUAUGGAUCCUCCCAUUGAACCACCUCCGUUACCCCCCAAGUCCAAGGGGAGGAGUAGGAGCACUCAGGGAGAACUCAUGAAUUCAGGGGGUCGGGGUAAGCCAAGGCCUGUUUGUCAAGAGCGGACAGUCUCUGCUCCCCAUUCUGUUGGACGUACCUCCUGGCCCCCAGCCAUGGGCCGAUCAACAGACUCUUUGGCUUCUACCAGCAGGAGUAAGAGUGAAGUGUCCCCUGGCAUGGCUUUCAGCAAUGUGGCAACCCUUCUCAGUCCGUCUUCCCCAACCACACACUGGAGUCUGGAGCUCCAGGGACCCACCUGUGAACCAGGACCCUCCGAAGAGUCUGAGGCCCCUGCCAGAGGAUCUUUGAGAAGAUCAGCCCCUCCGGAAGGAGCCAAUGGCCUGAGGAGGUUGGAUGUAGGCCAAGCAAGGCAGUCGGAAAAGCUCAGCCAUCCCCACCUGGAGAAGGCAUCCAGCUGGCCCCACAGGCGGGACACAGGGAGACCGCUGGAGAGCGUCAGUGGGCGGGUCGCAGAUCCCGGUGAGGGGUCCAGUAAGCACAAGGGCUGGAACCGGCAAGGCCUGCGCAGACCUUCCAUCUUGCCUGAGGGCUCUUCCGAUACAAGAGGUCCAGGCGUAGAAAAGGCCCCUGGCCCUUCAGACACCAUUGUGUUUCGGGAGAAGAAACCAAAGGAGGUGAUGGGAGGCUUUUCAAGACGCCGCUCGAAGCUCAUCAACUCCUCUCAGCUGCUUUACCAGGAAUACAGCGAUGUGGUUUUGAACAAGGAGAUUCAGAGCCAGCAGCGGCUGGACAGCCUGGGAGAGGCCACGGGGCCCGCCUCCCCCCGGCAGCCCCGGAAGGCUCUGGUCUCCUCCGAAUCCUACCUGCAGCGCCUGUCCAUGGCCUCCAGUGGCUCCCUCUGGCAGGAAAUCCCUGUGGUGCGCAACAGCACCGUGCUGCUCUCCAUGACCCAUGAAGAUCAAAAACUGCAAGAGGCCAAAUUUGAGCUGAUCGUGUCAGAGGCCUCAUACCUACGCAGUCUGCAUGUAGCUGUGGAUCAUUUCCAGCUCUCAGCCCCACUGCGGGCCACCCUUUCCAACCAGGAAUACCAGUGGCUCUUCUCUCGUUUACAGGACGUGCGUGAAGUCAGCACCACGUUCCUUUCCGACCUGGAGGAGAACUUCGAGAGCAACAUCUUCACCUUCCAAGUGUGUGACGUAGUCCUGAACCACGCUCCCGACUUUCGCCGGGUCUACCUGCCGUAUGUCACCAACCAGACCUACCAGGAGCGCACCUUCCAAGUCCUGCUGAACAGCAACAGCAGUUUCCGAGAGGUCCUGGAGAAGCUGGAGAGCGACCCCGUCUGCCAGCGCCUCUCCCUGAAGUCCUUUCUGAUCCUGCCCUUCCAGCGCAUCACGCGUCUCAAACUGCUGCUCCAGAACAUUCUGAAGAGAACACAGCCUGGAUCUCCAGAGGAAGCAGAGGCCACAAAGGCACAUCAUGCGCUGGAGGAGCUGAUCCGAGACUGCAAUAACAAUGUCCAGAGGAUGCGACGGACAGAGGAGCUCAUCUACCUGAGCCAGAAGAUUGAGUUCGAGUGUAAAAUAUUCCCGCUCAUUUCGCAGUCGCGCUGGCUGGUGAAGAGUGGAGAGGUGACAGCCCUGGAGUUCAGUCUGUCCCCAGGGCUGCGAAGGAAGCUCAACACGCGUCCUGUCCACCUGCAUCUCUUCAAUGACUGUCUGUUGCUGUCUCGGCCCCGAGAGGGUAGCCGAUUCCUGGUAUUUGACCAUGCUCCCUUCUCCUCCAUCCGAGGGGAAAAGUGUGAAAUGAAGCUACACGGACCUCACAAAAACCUCUUCCGACUCUUCCUGCUGCACAACGCGCAGGGCACCCAGGCCGAGUUCCUCUUCAGCACAGAGACCCAAAGUGAAAAGCUUCGAUGGAUCUCAGCCUUGGCCAUGCCCAGAGAGGAGUUGGACCUUCUGGAGUGUUAUGACUCCCCUCAAGUACAGUGCCUUCGAGCCUACAAACCCCGAGAGAACGACGAGCUGGCACUAGAGAAGGCAGACGUGGUGAUGGUGACCCAGCAAAGCAGCGAUGGCUGGCUGGAGGGCAUGAGACUCUCAGAUGGGGAGCGAGGCUGGUUCCCUAUGCAACAAGUGGAGUUCAUUUCCAACCGAGAGGUCCGUGCCCGGAACGUGAGUGAAGCCCACCGAGUCAAGACUGCCAAACUACAGCUGGUGGAGCAGCAGACCUAGCAGUUUUCUGGGAGGAAUUCCCUGAGCGUAAGGACAAGAUGCUCCUGGAAAGGGCUGGCCCCCAGAACCUUGCAACAGAGGCCUUCUGUGGAUCAAGAACUAGACCGUCUGAAAACUUGACAAAAUGCAUCUACCAAAGCUCCUUUUUGUGCUUUGUGCUUAUUGGGGGGAUUUUUAGACUUUGCACUGGACUCUGAGAACCUUUUCUCAUAAGAAAAGGGACAAAUAGGGCCUAAGCUAAGGAACUUUACCUCUACUACCGUAUAGUACUUAAACAUUCUCUGCUUCCAGAGUGCUGCAGAUUCAGGGCUGACCAAAGUUUCCAUCAUGGCUAUAAGUUAAACAAAAUGUAGCCUCAGUCCGUUGGAGGGAGAUGUUUAAGGGGGAUUAGCACAUCAGAUGAGAGGGUCAACUUGGUGGCCUCUUGUCAACUCGAGAGAUUUUCCAUAAUUAUUGGUGUGAGGUCAGGGCAUGCAUCUCUGGGAUCUAUGUCUGUUGGUGGCGAUGUGAGGGUAGCAUUCUCUCACUCUAAUAAACUUGGCACUUCUCUGAGUGUUUUCUUCUCAGACUCCUGGACACUGAAAAGGGUACAGAACAUGGAAUCCUGUGAGGAUCCCAGGCCAUUUGAUUUAGGUACCAAGAUGGUACCUAGGUCACAGCAGAUGCCAACUCUUGCUUCGUGACUUCCAAGAGUUUGGGCAGUUUUCCUGUUUCUUUUGGCCUCAGAGGUUGUAUAAGGAUUUAGAAGAAAUUGAUGGGUGAUGAAAACCCCAUUCAAACCUUCUUUUUUAUUGAACCCAUAAGUUAAGGCAUAGGUUAGUUUCAGUGGAUUUGGACAUCCUACUCAGACCACUCAGAUUUUAUGUUUUGACCUGAAUUAUGGUGAAGGUGUCUUCCCAGCUGUUUUCAUUCUCCUUGUGAAAAGUAGCAUGUAUAAUGGAAGAGUCCUAGAACCCAAGUCAAGAGACCACCUCCAGUUACUGCACUGCCAUGAUUCAGUCUGUCCAUGUUUCAGGUUCCUUAAAUGUAAGAGACAGGUUUAGACCCAGAAACCUCAAAGUUUAUAGUAUUAUUCUCACCUUUGCACAAAGCUGCAAUGCAAUUCUACUUCUGAGCAUUUCUAGAGAUGAAACAGAACAGCAGAAUGUCCACGCAAAGACUACAAUGAUCCAGUUCAAAAGAACACUGUACACUGUCUGAGGGCUCUCUAGAGAAAUAAUGUCCCGGCGAAAACUAUAAUGAUCCAAGUUAAAAGAUGACUGUGCUACUCCUGUCUGAGGGCUCUAUAUGAGAAAUAAUGUAGAGUGAUGCUCUUCAACUGAGAAAGGCAACCCAGUAAGAGAUAGAGAAUCCUACAUCGCUGUGUUGGCUAGGAAUUAUGCACAGGCAAAUAUUUUUUUUAGUUGAAUGCUUCUUUUUGUGAAGUUGCUAAGGUUGCCUGAGUGCCUUUCAAAUUGACAUCUCUAAGACUAAAACUGUCUUUAGAUAUUUAAUAUGUAUUCAUUUAAUUGAGUUACUCUCACCUAACCUGGGAAAUUAAAAGACAACUGGCUUCUCCCUGUC